CGAAGAAGAGAGUCAACUGGCCGAUGUCAUCGGGAAACGACGUCAUCCACGUGGGGUUGGACCGUGACGUCACCCUCCCGUCUCCCUCCAACUUGUUGGUUGUUAUACUCUUUCCUUUUUAUCUUUCUAUCUUCCCCUUUCUUCUGCUGGUAUUGCAUCGCAUCGCGUCGCAUCCUGGACCUUGCAUCGCAAAUUUGUUCUGCCACCCGUUAGGAUACCCCUUAGACGAAAUACCCCCGACCGGCUCGCUCAGGUGAGCUUACAUGACAACCGCUAUCAGCUAGAUAUCCAUAACUAAUCCCUCAGUAGCCACCCACGAAAGUCUAAUCAGGAACCACAAAGUCAGAUCCAAAGAAACAACACCAACUCAGCUCAGUAAUCACCAAAAAUGGUCGGCUCCAUCCACGAACGCAUUCGCGAAGACCUUAUCGGCAAGGAGCGUCGUCUCUGGACGGCGCUCACCUCGGCUGACCCGGGGCCCGAAAUCAAGAAGAUGUGUAACGAAGAGGCCAACCUACUUUUUCCGCAGCGCGAGGUUCUGCACCUGCAUUCGAAGCCGUCAAUCAGCGAGGCACUGAAGCCACCCUUCCAUCACUUCGACGAGUACGAACUGCAGGAGGUGCGCGUGAUCGUCAUCGACUUGAUGGCCGGGUCAGUAACGUACAAGAUCAAUGCGCGCCGCGGAGAAGAGACGUACCGGGGCACCGGGUCGACGACAUGGAGCCAGGGGAGUGAUGGAGAGUGGCGGAUUGUGGUGCAUCAGGAGACAUUAAUGUGAUGAGAUGAGAUUCAUUGAGAUUCAGAUGUAGGGGGGCGAUAUGGGAAGUGGCAGUGACAGUAGGGGAUGGAUGAA